CGAAGCUUUAUUUUGCAGGAUUUAUAGCGUUUGCACUUCUGACUUUGGAAGAGAAGCUCUGCAGAAAUGUCGAAGAUUGAGAAAAUGAGUAUCCUGGGAGUGAGGAGUUUUGGGGUAGAAGAUAAAGACAAACAAAUUAUCACUUUCUUCAGUCCAUUGACUAUUUUGGUGGGACCAAAUGGUGCAGGAAAAACGACUAUCAUUGAAUGUCUUAAAUACAUAUCCACUGGAGAUUUUCCUCCUGGCACCAAAGGAAACUCGUUUGUUCACGAUCCAAAGGUUGCAAAUGAAACAGACGUUAGAGCUCAGAUUCGAUUACAGUUUCGAGAUGUAAAUGGAGAGCUCGUAGCUGUCCAGCGAUCCAUGGUCUGUACCCAGAAAGGCAAGAAAACAGAAUUUAAAACACUUGAAGCUGUCAUUACUAGAACAAAGCAUGGCGAGAAGGUCAGUCUGAGUUCCAAGUGUGCAGAAAUUGAUCGAGAGAUGAUCAGCGCCCUUGGUGUUUCCAAAUCGGUGAUUAACAACGUCAUUUUCUGCCACCAAGAAGAAUCCAACUGGCCACUAAGUGAAGGGAAGGCCCUGAAACAAAAGUUUGAUGAGAUCUUUUCAGCAACAAGGUAUAUUAAAGCACUCGAGACUCUCCGUCAGGUACGACUGAAACAAACCCAGGAAAUCCAGGAUCACCUUAACAACAGAGAGGCUCAACUGGCUGCUUCUAAGGAGAAUGUAAAAUCUAUUGAGAGUCAACUUGAUCCUCUAAAGAGUUCUCUGGAAGCAGUUGAACAGAAUCUCAUAAAAGUAAUGAGGCUAGACAACGAUGUAAAGGCCCUGGAGAGUAGGAGGAGGCAGAUGGAGAAAGACAAUCAGGAUUUGCAACAGAAGAUGGAAAAGGUUUUUCAAGGAACUGAUGAACAACUAAGGGAUAGAUACCAGAACCACCAGAGAACAGUGAACGAGAAGGAGAAGAGAUUGUCAGACUGCAAGCGUGAAUUAGAUAGAACCACUAAAGAAUGCCAGAGGUUUAACAGUGAGAAAUCAGAACUACUUAUUGAACGAGGUCGUCUUCAGCUGCAAGCAGAUCGUCACCAGGAACACAUCGCAACGAGGGACUCAUUAAUUCAGUCUUUGGCAGCGCAGCUGGAACUAGAUGGGUUUGAGCGAGCACCUUUUAAUGAAAGGCACGUUACCAGCUUUCACAGGUUGCUGAAGGAGAGACAGGACAGAGAUACAGAAGCGGCAAAUCAGCUGCUGAGAGAAUUUGCACGAAAAGAAGCAAUGAAACAGAAACAGAUAGAUGAAAUAAGAGACAAGAAAACUGGAUUAGAAAGAACCAUUGACCUGAAAUCGGACAUUCAAAAUAAGAAACAAGUCGAGCUGAAGAACGUAAAACAUGAAUUGCAGCAGUUGGAGGGGUUUUCAGACAGAAUUCUGGAGUUGGAUCAGGAGAUUGUCGAGACGGAGCAUGAGCUGGAGAAGGCUGAGAGGAGCAGCAGUGUAGAAGCACUCGAACUGGAAGUACAAACUCUGCAAAAUGAGAAAAUAAACCUGGACAAAGCCCUUAGGAAGCUGGACCAAGAGAUGGAGCAGUUGAAUCUACAUACCAUGACAAUUACCCAAAUGGAGAUGCUGAAGAAAGACAAAGCAGACAAAGAAGAGCAGAUUAGAAGAGUCAAAUCAAGACAUUCUGAUGAACUGACAUCACUGUUGGGAUACUUUCCAAAUAAAAAGCAACUUGAAGACUGGCUUCAUGAUAAAAAUAGAAAGAUUAAUCAGACAAGGGAUAGUCUUGCUGAUCUUAACAAACGGCUGGCCUCGGUAGAAUAUCAUAGAACUUAUGUCAGCAAUGAGCUAAAAAAAAAAGAAGCACAAUUGUCCCUUCACGAAGCAAAACUUUUUGAUGUUUGUGGAAGCCAAGAUUUUGACAGUGACCUGAACAGACUCCAAGAUGAAAUUGAAAAAAGCUCAAAACAGCGAGCUGUGCUUGCUGGAGCCACGGCAGUUUACUCGCAGUUCAUUACACAGCUGACAGAGGAGAACCAGUCGUGUUGUCCAGUUUGCCAGAGGGUUUUUCAAACAGAGACCGAACUGCAAGAUGUCAUCAGUGACCUGCAGUCUAAGCUGCGCCUUGCGCCUGACAAACUGAAGUCAACGGAGUCUGAGCUUAAAAGAAAAGAGAAAAAACGUGAUGAAAUGAUGAGUCUUAAACCCCUUAGGCGAACUGUAGUUGAACUCCAAGACAAGGACAUACCAGACUUGAGGAACAAGAUACAGAAUGCAAACAGGGAUUUAACGGGCCUGAAGGGUGAGAUAGAAGAACAGGAAUCGCUUUUGCAGACAGCUUUGUCUCAGGAAAACGGUGCCAAGGCACGUUUACAGGAUAUAACACUAAUGGAAAGGUACCAGACGGAUAUUAGGGAUGUUGAACGAAGAAUUGCUCAGCAGGAGGCUAAGCUGCUAGGGGUCGAUUUAAGUAGAACUGUUCUACAAGUAAGCCAUGAAAAACAAGAGAAAAAACACUUGUGGGAUACAGUUACUGGUAAAAUUGAGUUAAAUCAAAAACGCAAGCAAGACCAGCAAAAUCAGAUUCAGCAGCUGAAGAGUACAGUUAAUGAGCUUAAAGCAGAGAAACUUCAGAUUUCCAGCAACAUGCAGCGUCGUCGGCAACUGGAGGAGCAAACAGUGGAAUUAACCACCGAGGUUCAGUCCUUAUGCAGAGAGAUCAAGGAAGCAGAAGAACAGGUAUUUCCUUUGGAUGCAACUUUAGAAAAACUGCAGCAGGAGAAGGAGGAUUUAAUUAAUAAAAGGACUGCAAGUAAUAAAGAAACACAAGAGAAGAUAAAUGGCAUAAAAGAGAAAGUUAAAGAUAUAAACAAGUAUGUGAAAGAAAUUGAAAACUAUAUUCAACAAGGAAAAGACGACUAUAAAAAGCAAAAGGAGUCUGAACUUGAUGAAGUAAAUUCUCAGUUAGCUGCCUGUGAGAAACAGAAGGAAAAAAUAAGUAAAGAGAUGGAAAUGAUUCGACAAGAUAUUGACACUCAAAAGAUACAGGAAAGGUGGCUAGAGGAUAAUCUCACUUUGAGGAAACGGAAUGAAGAGCUGCGAGACGUUGAAGACAAAAUAAAGCAACUUGUGAAGGAGAUGGGAGAAAUGAAAGUCCCGCAAAUGAAAAAUGAACAAAAACAUUUAGAGGAGAAAAUAGAAUCUCUGAAAAGAAACCAUCAUGUUGCACUUGGCCGACAACGUGGAUUUGAGGAAGAGAUCGUUCGGUUUAAAAAGGAACUUCGAGAGUCACAAUUCAAAGAUGCCGAGGAAAAAUACAGGGAGAUGAUGAUCGUUAUGAGAACAACAGAGCUAGUGAACAAAGAUCUGGACCUUUACUACAAGGCUCUGGAUAAAGCAAUAAUGACAUUUCAUAGCAUGAAGAUGGAGGAAAUCAACAAAAUAAUUCGUGACCUUUGGCGGAGCACCUACAGAGGACAAGAUAUUGAAUACAUAGAAAUACGUUCUGAUGCAGACGAGAACGUCUCCGCCUCUGAUAAAAGAAGAAGUUACAAUUAUAGAGUAGUAAUGAUAAAGGGAGACACGGCACUGGAUAUGCGAGGAAGAUGCAGUGCUGGGCAGAAGGUACUUGCUUCUCUUAUUAUUCGCCUUGCUCUAGCAGAAACGUUCUGUCUCAACUGCGGCAUAUUGGCACUAGAUGAGCCCACUACCAACCUCGACCGAGAAAACAUAGAGUCUCUGGCACACGCCCUGGUGGAGAUAAUAAAAAGCCGCUCACAACAGCGUAACUUUCAGCUUCUGGUGAUAACUCACGACGAAGAUUUUGUUGAACUUCUGGGCCGUUCUGAAUAUGUGGAAACAUUCUACAGGAUCAAGAAGAACAUUGACCAGUGCUCUGAGAUCAUGAAAUGCAGCGUCAGCUCCCUUGGCUCCUACGUUCAUUAG